AUGGACUCCCAACCAUCAGCUUCCUCGUCAGCUGCGGCUGAGGCUGCAUCACGCGCACACGCACGCGCAAGCGCAAGCACAACCGCACAUGCAGUCCCCUCCUCCUCCUCCCCAUCUCUCGCCCCUCCCUCCACAUCCCGCUUCGGCAGCCAAGCCAAUCCUUUCCGCCGGUCUUCGUCAAGCUCAAUCGGCGCCAACGUGCUGGCGCGCUUCACCCGCUCCGCUUCCCAACGCACACAACCACCCGCCGACAUCCCCAACGAUGCACACGAGCCACACAGUCGCCCCUCUAUCGGCAGGCGCAUCUCCUCCCGUGCAUCCCGCAAGUCGCUCUCGGCAGACCCCACCUCGGGAGCCAAUCUGGCCGAACUAAGCAAGCCCACAGGAAAGUUCAGGAGCGGCGUCAAUUGGGGACCGCAACAGGCCCCCGAGCCCUUUAUGGACUCCUUCGACACCACAGAUGCCGAUCGCAAACUCGCAGAGUCCCUCCAGGCAGAAGCCGCCCUCGCCUCCGGCAGCACCGCAGCAGCCCAGUCGCAUGCACAGGCACGCGGCCUUGGUCAGCCCAUCUUUGUUGAGCGCCCAUCCAUAUCAUCCGCCGCAACCACCAACACCGCCUCCACCGCCGACUCUCCCUCCCCACCCACCUCAACAUCCCAACUCCCCACCGUCUCCCAGACCAUCGCCGCACUCACCGCCAGUGGCAUCAAUCCGGACGUGCUUGCAACUGCUACCCCGACAAAGUCUUCCUCACCGCCCUCGCAACCGUAUCCAGAACAGCCUGCACCCGCCGAGCGCACAUCCAUGCACAUCAGCGACGACACCAUCGCUCUGGCCCAUCCUGACGGCGCUACGGUCGCAGAUGGCGAUACACCCUGCACCACACCUCCACCCAAGAGCAGACAGCCAUCCCACGGCGAGAAUGGCUCCGCAACCACGGACAACCACAUGGUCGCACGCGCUGCCCAGCUCGUCCUCGAGGCCGCCCGCCAGCAGGCGCGCGUAGAGACCCGCAAGAAAGGUCGUUCAGCGCCCGCCUCUCCCAAGCGCAUGAGCUCCAGCCUCUCCCCCAUACCCACUGUCUCUCCAGACGCCAACGCAAGCCAAGAGGCCGACGUCGCCCCAGCUCAAGCGUCGCUGACCGAGCCCUCACAACCAUCCUCGCAGCGCGACCGCUCCAAGUCCGACGCGGCUGGACAAGGUGCCGGCGUGCAGAGACGCAAGAGCUUCCUCCGCUCCAUGAGCGCGCGCGCCCGCCGAGAAAAGAAGGACACCUCGGAAGGAUCAGAGACUCCCACGCCCACCUCCAACAGCCCCAUCAUCGCUUCCACCACCUCUUCCGGCACUACCACCCCGGCCACCCGUCGACGCCGCUACGCCGACACACGCGACCUCGACCUGCUCGCACGCGAGCUUGCCGCCGAAGCCAUUGCAGAACAGCUCCAGCAGCAGCAGUUCCAGCCACCUUUCGCCAGACCUAGUCGGAGUGGCAGCUCGUCGCCUUUGCGAUCCAAGGCCGCCGCCUUCAACGACCCGCGCAGACGCUCCUUCCCCAGCAUCCUCGAAGACUCGCCCCUCCAGGACGACUCCAUCAUCCCCGUCAGUCCCGCAUCCGGCGCACUAAAACCCAUGACCCCUCUUUCGCCUUCCUCCCGCUCCAACCCACGCAACCGCGCCAGCGAUGCCAAGAGCAAGGCUGGCAUUGGAUCCCCCUCCACCGCAUCCGGCCUGCCUGCCGAUCCCACCAAUGGCCUCGUCCCCCAAGAGAUGUUCCUCGGCCUCGGCGGUUCACCUUACCCGAGCCUGCCUCCAGGUGCCACGCGAGCCGGCGUUUCGUCGUUGGACAACCUGGAUCCGUUCGGCAUCCCGCUCACCCAGGAAUCCUCGCCUUUCGACGCAACCACGGCCUACGCCAACAAGACCAGCGUCUACCACACCCCAAACCAGGUCGCCGUGUCGCGCAGCCUGUCUGGAGCCUCGACGUGGUCCGCCGCGCAGACUUCGCCAAGUGCCAAGCGUCGUCCCGUGCUCACCAUGACCAUGAACGACCCGCAGGCCGAGCUCCAGGGGCUCACCAAGCCUCCCAAGGAGAACGGCAAGCGCCUCACGCCCUUCGGUAGCCGCGCUGGCAGCCGCGCACCCAGCCCGAGUCCCUCUUUCACCAACCUCAAGAAGGAGGCCGCCGCGCAAGACUCAUCUGCCGAUGCCGCCAACGAUGGCAGCGAGGUGGCUGACGCUGCCGAUGCGUCUCUUCUUGCUGGCAAGCCGACAUCGGCGGUACAGUCAGAGAACAACAGCGUACAUGUCCCCAGCCGACGCAACUCGCUGGCCAUCUCUGACAAGGGCUCACGCAGCUCGCUCGCUCCCGCAAAGCAGCAAAAGAAGGCAGGUCGUCUUUCGACCAUGUUCCGGUCUGGCCGAAGCAAGGAGCAGUCGGACGCAGCCUCCUCCGCCAAAGGCUCGUCUGCGCAUGCUGUCGCUACUUCUGCAUCGUCCGCAGAAGCCAGCGCCUACGCCACGCCGACGGGCGAAACAAGCACGCUGGCGCUCUCGCCCGUGUCUGCAGCCGUUUCGGCCGACAGUGACGCGGACAUUUCACCCGUCGCCUUCCGCGCGGUCGAGCUGCCCGCAACGCAGGACGCUGCACGUCGAAGCGCGCCGGCGAGUGCCAGUGCAAGCCGACGUUCGAGCAUGGCCCUCGAGGCCGCCGACCGACCCGCUCCCAAGAAGCGACCGAUUCGCGCGCUCUUGCGCCGCCUCAGCAGCUUCAGCAAGAGCGACGCCAAGGACACCGCCAAGGACAACAGCGCCAAGGCCAACUUCCCAGACGCCAGCACAAUGCCCAUCGUCGACAUGGACAAGCUCAAGCAGCUCAGCCAGAACCCGGACGCCAAGACGACCGAGCUCGCCGUACAGGAGCCACCGUCUGAGUCGAGCAAGGAGGCAGCCCACAGCGCCCCCGAAGUGGCAUCCGCGAAUGGAUCGGACCCGGUCACGGACAAGGAUGCGGCCGAUGUGAGCGGCCUGGCUCCGCGUAUCCAGGGGCUGGAUCUGUCUAAUGCGUCGCCUGUACCGGUCAACCAGGAGAUGGCCAAGAGCGGCUUUGGCACGCGCUCGGCCUACAAAUUUGGGCACAACACCAGCACCGACAGCGACGUUCGCAAGCCUGGCAGCGUCACAUUGAUUGCUUCCCCCGGCGACGAGAAUCAGGACUCGACGGCGAGCCUGGGCGAUGCGAACAGAGCGACCGACAAGGCAACCGACAAGGAGGAUGGUUGGGAGCGACCGGGAGCGGCGCCGAUCCAGCGAGCCGACUCGCAGACGCCAUGCUCUGAGGACUCGUUCUUCCUCGGCAGCGGCCAGAGCACCAACAGCCGGCCCGGGAGUGGCGCGUUGAUGAAGCAUGGCAGCGAGAGCGCCAUGAGCGAGGAGCUGUACACACCCGACCCUUCCACCGCCUACCUGCCUGCGACCAAGGCAGACGGAGCUGCUGAUCCGGUGCGACACACGGGCAUGCUGGAAGAGUCCACUCUCUCCACCGUCAGCAGUGCCACGGCAGCCGCUGCUGCCAAGCCAACCGUGGCUGAGCCCGUCGUCACCGCCGUGCCCCACGACGAGGCUACGCGCUUGACCGCCGCUUGA